AUGUCUUCAGCUCGCUGUUCUCUGCUUGUGUGAAGAGCCUCACUUUAUCACGGCUAUCCUACAGCUAAUUUACACUUUCAUUUACACUCAUAUUUACGACUUUUAACGGUAGCUUCCUCUCGGUCGUUUCAUCAUUUUUCUUUUGUCUUUGGAUAAGUACUUGAACCAUGGCCGACCAGGUAGAGUUGGAUCGUCGUGUUGACGCCGAGAAGAAAAAUGACUGGUACCCCUUGAGGAGAUGGUGGCGGCCCUGCCGGGCAUUCAACCAGGACUGUGGCCAGACACCCCUCCAAGACCCCGGGUGGUGGGGGAUGGACCUGCUCCAGAGAGGGUGGUCCUCAGGUCGUCCCUGGCCAGAAUGCACGUCUUCUCCGCUCAUCGUGCCAAUGCAUCCCGAGUCUGGGUACUGGGGUCCCUCGGGCCCUGGGGUUGGGCAGGCGGAGCAGUACAAGUGGAGGGUGGUGCUGGACGUUGCUCACUUCGCCCCAUCGGAGAUCUGGAUCGGGACCGCAGGCGGGGUCCUGGAGAUUAGAGGUAAACACAAGGACAGGUCAGAUGAGCAUGGAUCCAUUGCAAGGUGUUUUACAAGGAAAUACAGGCUUCCAAUAGGUAUCGAUUUAUCUAAAAUCACAGCAAUGCAUUCUGGGGAUGGCAUCAUGCAUGUAGAAGCUCCACUGACUGAAUUCACUGCUCCUGCCAACAUUGUCAUUCCAAUUCAGGUAGAGAGGGAAGUCCAAGAGCUCAGGCAGGGUGAGGAAUAUCCAGAGGAUAGAGCAGCUCCUAGAGAGGUUGCAGCCACAGCUCCAGGGGACCCUGGGAGUGCAGCCCCUGAGCCCCCCACAGAUGGGACUGACCACGGGGAAGAAUCUCUAGCCAGUGUUGAGGCUCCCACUGGCAGCCCCAUGGAUGAACCUCUGCAGCAUGACAUGGGAAGGAAACAGGACGAACAGAAGGAGAAGGAGCAGGUGGAGGAGGGAAAGGAGCAGGAGGCCCGGGGUGAAGUAGCAAAAGAAUCCUCUUCAGCACCUGGACCUGGGGAAGGCCCAGAGAAUCUUCCAACACCGAUGGAACACCACCAAGCGCCUGAAGAGAGCCCAGAGAGCCCUGGCACUACCCCGUCUGACCAGAAGGAGGAGGCUGGGAAUGCUCUACUGGAGGGCCAGCCAGAAGUGAGCUCAAGGGAGACUUCUGUGGAGGCCACCCAAAUAGAGGUGCCAACGGAGGGCCAAAGCCCCUGAAUCAAGACAUCUCCAGUGACGAGUCCUUGGCUGAGAACACGGAGCCAGAGCAUCCGACGUAGAAGGGGAAAUUAAACAUAGGAAAUAAUUCUCAUUGUUAUCAGACCCAUGAUGCUGUCAGUCACUUUUACAGUUUGAAUUAAGAUUAAAUAAUCACAAGUAAGCAUAA